UCGACCAUUACAAGCAAUUGUCACUUUCACACUGCUCUGAGCCAAGAAAACUAGCGUCCUGGAGAUCUCGCUUUCCGGUCAAAACUCCGUGAACUUCCCCGAGGGAUAGCCCUAAGGUUUGUCCUGAACGUGCCUGGAUCUUGCUCUGCGGGGGCCCCCGUUUCUGGGCCUGCGCCCCGGCGUCUGCGGCUCUCCCACAUACUCGCGCAACCUUCCUCGCAAGCAUUCCUCUCUUGAAGGGCGGGUCCGGGGCGUGCCAAUGGUUGGGUUCCCGUUGUUCAGCCUUGAUCCGAGACUCCUCGCGUUGUUUUCACUUCUCUCCGGAAUUCGAGGUGACUGCGGAGCUCCACCCAAACUGAAAAAUGCCAUCCCUACCACCGAAGCUGAUGGCAAAACCUUUGCUCCUUUCCAAUCAGUCACCUACAAAUGUCUGGAAGGCUUUUAUAAUAUCCAUGCAAAAUCAGAUGUUGUAACAUGCCUUCCAGAUUCACAGUGGACAGACAUGGAAGAGUUUUGUGAGCGCAGCUGUAGUAGACCACCAAGGUCCGGAUUUGCUAGAAGAAAGCCAACGAACUUUCAGAUCUACUAUCCAGCAAAGUCCGAAGUGACCUAUAUCUGCCUUCCAGGUUAUAACAGCAUUCCUGGAAUUAACCCUGUUGUAACCUGUCUGGAGAAUUACACCUGGACAGCAGUCCCCAAUUUUUGUGAAGGAAAAACAUGUGGUGAUCCAGGAAAACCAGAAAAUGGUGAAGUUUUUGGAACUAAUUUCCUGUAUUUGGCAAAAGUAAAUUUCACCUGCAAAGAUGGGUACAGAUUGAUAGGCCAAAACAAAACUCGUUGUAUUGUGUCAGGCAACGUGGUUAACUGGAAUAGAGACCCUCCAUAUUGCCAACGUAUUCCAUGUUUCCCACCUCCAGAUAUUCCCCACGGCAAGCACACUGGCACAUAUUUGGAUGACUUCUCCUAUGGAACAGUUGUAACAUACACCUGUGAUGAAGGCUACCCUCUUGUUGGCGAUGACUCUAUUUACUGUACUACUAAGGAUGGAUUAAAUGGAGUGUGGAGUGGCCAUGCAUAUUGUGGAGUGACUCAGUGUCCAGCACCUGAAGUUGAGAAUGGAAGGAUAGUGGCCGGUGAUUCCAACAUCUACACAUAUAACCAAAGUGUUACAUUUGACUGUAAUGCUGGCCACAAGAUAGCUGGUGCCAGAGAGAUCCAUUGCCAAGCGAAUGGCACUUGGAACCCUCCUCCACCUCAGUGUGAACAGGGCAAAGCAUGUGGACAUCCAGGAGAACCAGACAAUGGCAGGCUGAUUGCAUCAGGAGAUUUUUUAUUUGGUUCCACUGUAAAUUACACCUGCGAGAAAGGGCACAUUUUAAUUGGUCAGCCUUCCAGAAGGUGUGUGAUAUCUAACCAAAGAGUAUUGUGGACUGGUGACAUCCCCCUUUGCCAGCGUAUUCCAUGUUUUCCACCUCCAGAUAUUCCCCACGGCAAGCACACUGGCAUAUAUUUGGAUGACUUCUCCUAUGGAACAGUUGUAACAUACACCUGUGAUGAAGGCUACCCCCUUGUUGGGGAUGACUCUAUUUACUGUACUACUAAGGAUGGAUUAAAUGGAGUGUGGAGUGGCCAUGCAUAUUGUGGAGUGACUCAGUGCCCAACACCUGAAGUUGAGAAUGGAAGGAUAGUGGGCGGUUAUUCCAACACCUACACAUAUAACCAAAGAGUUACACUUGAUUGCAAUGCUGGCCACAAGAUGGCUGGCUCCAAAGAGAUACUUUGCCAAGUGGAUGGCACAUGGGACCCUCCUCUACCUCAUUGCAAACCGGUGUCUCAGUGUUCACUUCCUCAUGUUGAGAAUGGAAGGAUAGUAGCUGGUGAUUCUGACACCUACACAUAUAACCAUAGAGUUACGUUUGACUGCAAUGCAGGCCACAAGUUAGCUGGCUCAAGAGAAAGCCGUUGCCAAGUGAAUGGCACUUGGAACCCUCCUCCACCUGAGUGUGAACAGGCCAUUGGCUGUGUACGUCCAGAAAUUCAGAAUGGAACCAUAAGAAGAUCUGAAGUGGCUGAUGAACCCAUGGAGACGGUUACAUUUGAAUGUGACCCUGGCUAUAUCCUGAAGGGCAGCCCUACAAUUAAGUGCCAAAACGAUAGCACGUGGGACUCUCCUGUGCCCAUCUGUGUCAAGGAUAGAGACAUACGCUCGGACACGUCAUCGCAAUAUUAUGAGCAAUCUCGUCGGUAUCGACACCAGGAUGAAUACUAUCAUUCACAACGGAGAUCAACGCAACAGACAACACCUGCAUUAAGACAGGAUGUUGAAACCACUCAAUAUAGACACGACCUCCCUGUAACCUCACGGGAGACAGAGCAAGAUCGUUAUGAGCAUCAGAACUUGGCAAUACAAACAGCUUCUCCAGGUUCAAUAUCGGAUGAUUAUCAAUCAGAUACAGCAUCAUAUUCGUCCAUUGCUCCCUCUAUGGUGCACCCAGAGGUAAUACUAAGACCACAGGAACCAUUAUCAGCACCGGAAGAUCUGACCCAUUUCUCAGACCAAAUUCAACGUAUGGUACAGUCUUUAGGAUUGCAAACGUCACAACCAGCACAAGCACUAGAAGAUCCGAUAUUUGAUGUUGUAAAUGUACAAUCAGCAUUACCAAUAGCUAUCCCAUUUGUGCCAACACUUUUACAGACAAUUCAACAAUCGUGGAAGCAACCUGCAUCGAUGCCUCCUAUAUCAAAAAAGUUAGAGAACAUGUACAAAGUUUUAGAAAAGGAUGCGGAAUUUCUUUUUUGCCAUCCUCAACCAAAUUCCAUUAUUGUUGAAUCGGCACAAGGACGCUCCCAACGCACCCACUCUAUACCAGUGGAUAAAGAAGGUAGGAGAUUAGACCUUAUGGGAAAGAGGUUCUAUUCCUCUGCGGCAUUAAGUUUGAAAGUAGCAAAUUAUCAAGCGACCAUGGCAAGGUACCAAGUUUUCUUACUAGACAAAAUAACCUCAAUUUGCAACAAUCUAAGUGACGACCAGAAGGAACUUGCAAGAGUUUUCACAGAUGAGGCAACAAGACUUGCCAAACAACAAAUUAAUACCUCAAAACAUCAAACAGAUUGUGGCUCAAAGGUAAUGGCUGGUGCAGUAGCACUUCGUCGCCAUGCGUGGCUCAGAUCCACUGCAUUAACUCAAGAAUCAAAAACCCGCAUCAAAGACCUCCCAUUCGAUGGGGAGGGACUGUUUAACUCUAAGACUGAUGAGUCCAUGGACUCAGUACAGAAGGCCAGAACGACUGCUAGAAAAAUGGGAUUGAUGUUUCCCACACAACAAUUCAAGCAGAGGCGCUGGUAUCAAACCGCUUUCAGAAACGUAGAUCUGACCUCAAUAACAAACAGCGCCUUUGACUGGACAGUCAAGGUUACAAGAGAAAUCAUUCCAUUCGGACAUCGUUUACAAAAUUUUUUACCAACAUGGACACACAUCACAUCAGACAGGUGGGUCCUGUCAAUAAUUGCACACGGCUACCGAAUAGAAUUCGACACGCUACCACCAUCAGGCAUCAUUCGGACUACAACUCCCUCAAUGACAUUAAAACAAGAGGUCUUUUCACUUUUGAUAAAGGGAGCUAUUAUCAAAACACCAAGAUCCCAAAUACAUCAGGGAUUUUACUCCCGCUAUUUCACCGUACCAAAGAAGGAUGGAGGCCUACGCCCUAUUUUAGACUUAAGAGACCUAAACACCUACAUAACCCCAAAGAAGUUUCGGAUGGUCUCUCUAGCCAACAUAUUACCACUGAUCUCAAAACACGCCUGGUUCGCAUCAAUAGAUCUAAAAGAUGCUUACUUUCAUAUAGACAUACACCCCCAAAGUCAACAAUACUUGAGGUUUCUUAUAGGCCAACAAGCAUUCCAAUUCGCAGUACUCCCUUUCGGCCUUUCAACAGCACCACGUGUAUUCACAAAGUGCAUGGCUGUAGUUUGUGCGUUUCUACGGCAGCAGAAAAUCGAAAUUUAUCCGUAUAUAGACGACUGGUUGAUAGUUGCACAAUCCCGCCAGUCACUACUUCAAGACAUAAACACCAUUCAACUAUUACUUCAAGAUUUAGGACUCUACAUAAACACAGAGAAAUCUUGCACAACACCAACAAGAAAGAUAAAAUUUAUAGGAGCUAUCCUCAACGCAGACCUAAGCACAGCGUUCCUCCCGUCAGACAGAGCAACAACUAUAAUCAAUUUAGCAAAGAAAAUAAGACGACGAAGCACAAAAAGCCAUUACCAUCCAAAGGAUGUUGGGACUAAUGGCAUCCACCACUAUGGUGAUAAAACUUGCUCGUUUAAAGAUGUGAAGAAUGCAACUCUGGUUCACAAGAGUAUUCAAUCCAAAGCAAAACGCAAGAAGAAUCACACUUCACGUACCACCAGAGGUGUCAAGAUCACUACUUUGGUGGAUGUCACAAAGAAACCUACUGUCAGGAGUUCCUUUCCAUCCGUCAGAACCAUCAGGGGUCAUAACAACAGACGCUUCAAGGACAGGGUGGGGAGCCCACUACAACAGCCUCACAGUGCAGGGACGUUGGACUGGCAGGGACAAGCGCAGACAUAUCAAUAUGCUGGAACUACUGGCGGUGCAGAAGGCACUAAAGGCUUUUCAAACACAGUUAUACCACCAGCAUAUUCAGAUAACAUCGGACAAUACAACGGUAGUUUUUCACCUAAACAAGCAAGGUGGAACCAGGUCAAGACCGCUAGUCAGGCUCACCAUCAAGAUACUAGAAUGGUGCAAUGCUCGUGGCAUCACCAUCACCGCAAUUCAUAUUGCAGGAGAGCACAACCAACUUGCAGAUCAACUCAGCAGAAGCAUGACAUCUGCUCACGAAUGGCAAAUUCACCCAGAAGUCAUUCAGAACAUAUUCGACAAGUGGGGCACACCAUCCAUCGACCUAUUUGCCACAACCAACAACAGCAUCUGCAACCAAUUUUGGAGCAAGGCGGGAAUAGGUCACCAAUCUAUGGGAGACGCAUUCCUCCGCAAGUGGGACAUCGAAUUCUUUUACAUGUACCCACCGAUCCCUCUGCUAACAAGGAUCUUGGCAAAGAUAAUAAUAGACAACACCAACUGCAUCAUUCUAGCCCCUUGGUGGCCCAGGCAGCCUUGGUUUGCUCCUCUCCUAGACAGAUCACAGGGGAGAUUCUACCGACUACCGAUGAGAAUAGACAUGCUUUACCAGAGCCAAGGCCAGAUCCAUCAUCCAGACCUAGACUCCCUACACUUGACAGCUUGGAGACUAAUGCCAAUGUGAACCAAAAUACUUACCCAAUUGAGUUACAAACCAUCCUAAAUGCGGCCUUGAAACCCUCAACAAGACUUUCUUAUAGAAGGAAAUGGGAGGUUUUUUCAAAGUUUGCCAUAACAAAAGACUCUGACCCGCAUACAUGUAACUGUGGCCCCCCAACUAGGCUGAACUUUGCUGAGCUAGCUGAUAAGUAUAAAGCAAAUAAUUAUUUUCCUGUUGGCUCGACUGUGAAAUAUAUGUGUCGUCCAGGCUAUAUCAAAUCACCUGGAUUAGACUACUCUAGUACCUGCCUUAAAAGCCAGGAGUGGACCAAAGUUCAGGAACUAUGUCAAAGAAGAUCAUGUGGACAUCCAGGAGAACCAGAUAAUGGCAGGUUGAUUGCAGCAGAAAAUCUUCUCUUUGGUUCCACUGUAAAUUUCAUCUGUGAUGAAGGGUACACGUUAAUUGGUAAAUCUUCCAGACGGUGUGUGAUAUCAGGUCAAAGAACUGUGUGGACUGGUGACAUUCCCAUUUGCCACCGUAUUCUAUGUUUUCCACCUCCAGAUAUUCCCCACGGCAAGCACACUGGCAUAUAUUUGGAUGACUUCUCCUAUGGAACAGUUGUAACAUACACCUGUGAUGAAGGCUACCCUCUUGUUGGGGAUGACUCUAUUUACUGUACUACUAAGGAUGGAUUAAAUGGAGUGUGGAGUGGCCAUGCAUAUUGUGGAGUGACUCAGUGUCCAGCACCUGAAGUUGAGAAUGGAAGGAUAGUGGCCGGUGAUUCCAACAUCUACACAUAUAACCAAAGUGUUACAUUUGACUGUAAUGCUGGCCACAAGAUAGCUGGUGCCAGAGAGAUCCAUUGCCAAGUGAAUGGCACUUGGAACCCUCCUCCACCUCAGUGUGAACGGGUGAAUCAGUGUCCACUUCCUCAAGUUGAGAAUGGAAGGAUAGCGACUGGUGAUUCUAACACGUACACAUAUAACCAUAGUGUUACAUUUGACUGCAAUACAGGCCACAGGAUAGUUGGCUCACUAGAAAGUCGUUGCCAAAUGGAUGGCACAUGGGAUCCCCCUCUUCCUCACUGUGAAUGGGUUCAUGGCUGUGCAAGUCCAAAAAUUCAGAAUGGAAGAAUGAACAGACUUCAAGUGCUAGUUAAACCAAUGGAGACCAUCACAUUUGAAUGUGACCCUGGCUACAUCCUGAAAGGCGAAGAUACAAUUCGGUGCCAAUCUGACAGCACAUGGGAUAUCCCUACACCAACCUGUGUCAGAGGAGGCAGCUGUGAUCCCCCAAAUAGGUUAGACUUUGCUGAGCUUCACGAUGAUUAUAAAGAAAAGAAUUCCUUUCCUGUUGGCUCAACUGUGAGAUAUACAUGCCGUCCAGGCUAUGCUAAGCAUCCUGGAUUGAAGGCCUCUAUUAUGUGCCUUGGAAAUCAGGUGUGGUCAGAAGUUCAGGAAUUCUGUAAAAGAAGAGCAUGUGGACAUCCAGGAGAACCAGACAAUGGCAGGCUGAUUGCAUCAGGAGAUUUUUUAUUUGGUUCCACUGUAAAUUACACCUGCGAGAAAGGGCACAGAUUAAUUGGUCAGCCUUCCAGAAGGUGUGUGAUAUCUAACCAAAGAGUAUUGUGGACUGGUGACAUCCCCCUUUGCCAGCCCAUUGGCUGUGUACGUCCAGAAAUUCAGAAUGGAACCAUAAGAAGAUCUGAAGUGGCUGAUGAACCCAUGGAGACGGUUACAUUUGAAUGUGACCCUGGCUAUAUCCUGAAGGGCAACCCUACAAUUAAGUGCCAAAACGAUAGCACGUGGGACUCUCCUGUGCCCAUCUGUGUCAAGGUGGUGCAAUGUCAGCCACCCCCAGAUAUUGAAAAUGGGACUCACAGCAACCAGGAAGCAGUAGCGUUUACUACUGACAUGUCUGUGAAUUAUACAUGUGAUCCUGGCUUCGCUCUUGUUGGAGAGGCAACAAUUUAUUGCACAGACUCAGGCACAUGGUCUUUCCCUGCCCCUCACUGUGAAGGAGGCAGCUGUGGUCCCCCAAAGAAGUUAGACUUUGCUGAGCUUCAUGAUGCAUAUAAAAAUAAUAAUUCUUUUCCUGUCGGCUCAACUGUGAAAUAUACAUGCCAUCCAGGCUACUCUAAGCAUCCUGGAUUGAAGGCCUCUAUUAUGUGCCUUAGAAAUCAGGUGUGGUCAGAAGUUCAGGAAUUCUGUAAAAGAAAAUCAUGUGGACAUCCAGGAGAACCAGACAAUGGCAGGCUGGUUGUAUCGGGAGAUUUUUUGUUUGAUUCCACUGUAAAUUACAUUUGUGAAGAAGGGCACCAGUUAACUGGUCAGUCUUCCAGACGGUGUGUGAUAUCUGGACGAAAAGUAGUAUGGACCCCUGCCAUUCCCCUUUGUGAGCGUAUUUCAUGUUCUCCACCACCAGAUAUUCCCCAUGGCAAGCAUACUGGCAGAUAUUUGGAUGACUUCUCCUAUGGAACAGCUGUAAGCUACACUUGUGACAAAGGCUACCCCCUUGUUGGGAAUGACUCUAUUUACUGUACUACUCAGGAUGGAUUAAAUGGAGUGUGGAGUGGCCGUGCAUAUUGUGGAGAGUCUCAGUGUUCACCUCCUCAAAUUAAGAAUGGAAGAAUGGUGUCUGGUCAUUCUGGCACUUACAGAUAUAACCACAGAGUUAUGUUUGAAUGUAUUGCUGGCCACAAGAUAACUGGCUCGAGGGAGAGCCAUUGCCAAGUAGAUGGCACAUGGGACCCUCCUCUACCUCAAUGUGAACGGGCAUCAAAGUGCCCCUUGCCUCCUGACAUAGCCAAUGGGAAGCACAAUGGUUUUCCUGGGCAAAUGUCUGUCACAUAUUUUUGUGAUCCUGGCUAUUCCCUUAUUGGAAAGGCAUCUAUUUCCUGCACAGCUUCCGGAGAAUGGACCCUUCCUCUGCCUCACUGUGCAGUGCAAUGUUCUACACCUCAAAUGAUUACUAAUGGGAAAUACAAGACUCAGAAAUCAGAAGACUUUACUAAUGGGAUAAUUGUAGAAUAUAGCUGUGAGGCUGGAUAUAAUCUUAUAGGAAACUCAAUAAUUUUUUGUACUGAAUCUGGAUCUUGGAACUCCUCAGCACCAAAAUGUGAAUUGGUACAGUGCCCCUCACCUCCAAAUGUCUAUCAUGGGAAGUACAAUGCCCCAGAAUCAACAAAAUACACCAAUGGAAAAUCUGUAACAUACAGCUGUGAAUCUGGCUAUGUACUAAUAGGAGAAGCAACUAUUUAUUGCACAGAAUCUGGUGCAUGGAGUCUCCCUAUCCCAUACUGUGAAGUUAUGCAUUGUCCAGUGCCCCCAAGGAUUGUCCAUGGAAAGCAUUUUGGAGAAGACUUCAGAUAUGGGCAAUCUGUAACAUACAUUUGCGACUCUUGCUAUUCCCUCAUUGGAGACAGUGUGGUUACUUGUAUUUUAGAAGGCUCAAACUCUGUGAACUGGAGUGAACCUCCAAAAUGCAAAGGGUGCCUUGCACCUCCAGAAAUUGCCAACGGGAAACGUGACACCAAAACUCUGGACGAUUUUCCUUAUGGCUCCUCUGUGACUUAUCAUUGUGACCCAGGCUUCUUUCUUACUGGAGCAGCAGCAAUCCAUUGUCUGUCUUCUGGAACAUGGGAUCAACCUGUCCCUCAGUGUAAAGGCAAUCAAUUGGUGCAAUGCUACCCACCGGAGCCUGUCCACAAUGGGGCUCACAGCAACCCCGAAACAGAAGUGUUCACCAGAGGAAUGUUUGUGAAAUACACCUGUGAGCCUGGCUUCAAUCUAACUGGAGAGGCAACUAUUUAUUGCACAGAAUCUGGCACAUGGAGUCGUCCGGCCCCUCGCUGUGAAGGUUGCCUUGCACCUCCAGAGAUUGCCAAUGGAAAACAUGGCAAUGAAGCUCUGGAAGAUUUUCCUUAUGGCUCCUCUUUGACUUACCAUUGUGACCCAGGCUACUUUCUCAUUGGAGCAGCGAAAAUCCAUUGUCUAUCUUUUGGAAUAUGGGAUCGACCUGUCCCUCAGUGUAAAGGCAGAGAAUAGGUGCGGUGCCAACCACCCCCAUAUGUCCAAAACGGGGCUUAUAAUAACCAGGAAGCAGCAGUCUUUACCCGUGGGAUGUUCGUGAAAUACAGCUGUGAGCCAGGCUACAAUCUUGCUGGGGAGGCAACUAUUUAUUGCACGGAGUCGGGCACAUGGUCUUUCCCAGCCCCUCGCUGUGAAGUGGUGCAAUGCUACCCACCGCCACCUGUCCACAAUGGGGCUCACAGCAACCCCGAAACAGCAGUGUUCACCAGAGGAAUGUUUGUGAAAUACACCUGUGAGCUUGGCUUCAAUCUAACUGGAGAGGCAACUAUUUAUUGCACAGAAUCUGGCACAUGGAGUCCUCCGGCCCCUCGCUGUGAAGUUAUGCACUGUCCAUUGCCCCCAAGGAUCAUCCAUGGAAAAUAUAUUGGAGAAGAUUUCAGAUUCGGGCAAUCUGCAAUAUACAUUUGUGACGCAGGCUAUUCCCUUGUUGGAGAACACGUGGUUACCUGUAUUUUAGAAGGCUCAUACUCUGUGAACUGGAGUGAACUUCCAAAAUGCAAAGGUUGCCUUGCACCUCCAGAGAUUGCCAAUGGAAAACAUGGCAAUGAAGCUCUGGAAGAUUUUCCUUAUGGCUCCUCUGUGACUUACCAUUGUGACCCAGGCUACUUUCUCACUGGAGCAGCGAAAAUCCAUUGUCUAUCUUUUGGAAUAUGGGAUCGACCUGUCCCUCAAUGUAAAAAGGUGCGAUGCCAGCCACCCACAUCUGUCCAAAACGGGACGCACAAUAACCAGGAAGUAGCAGCCUUUACCAGUGGGAUGUUUGUGAAAUACAGCUGUGAGGCGGGUUACAAUCUUACCGGGGAGGCAACUAUUUAUUGCACAGAUUCUGGCACAUGGAGCCCUCCUGCUCCUCACUGUGAAGUUAUGCAUUGUCCACUGCCUCCAAGGAUUGUCCAUGGAAAGUAUAUUGGAGAGGACUUCAGAUAUGGGAAUUCUGUAACCUACAUUUGUGAUGCAGGCUAUUCUCUCAUUGGAGACAGUGUGGUUAUCUGUAUUUUAGAAGGCUCAGACUCUGUGAAUUGGAGUGAACCUCCAAAAUGCAAAGGGUGCUUUGCACCUCCAGAGAUUGCCAAUGGGACAUGGGACAAUGAAACUCUGGAGGAUUUUCCUUACGGCUCCUAUGUAACUUACCAUUGUGAUCCUGGCUUCUUUCUUAUUGGAGCAGCAAAAAUCCACUGUCUGUCUUCUGGAACAUGGGAUCUACCUGUCCCUCAGUGUAAAGGCAAUCAAUGCUUCUAUGUUUCUGCUCCCAUAGGCUAUGGAUCUCUGGUUGGUGUCGUGCUGCUUUUGGUUAUUUCUGGUGGUAUUUGCAUGAUAGUUCUGAAGCGGAACAAAGUCAAAUAUACCCCUGCAAAGAGAAAAAUAUAUAGGAAUCCAGACAGAGUAGUAGAAUCAACUCUCUGAAAAAAGGCUUCAUUUUUACAGCAAAAGGUCCUGGAGUUCUACCCAUUUCACGUAUAUAACUGAUGAUCCUGUGUUCUUCUGCUAACUUUAAUGGAGUAAACAGACUCCUAUUACCCCA